CGACUCCACUAGACUACUACCACAUGUUCACGUGCAUCUCUAUAUAACGACUCCUCCCCGAGCCAUUCUCCUCUCACUUGAAAAUACUUCUCCUCUCCUCUCCUCCUAUCUUCUCUAGACUUCAGAUUGACUAGAAGAACAGCUACCAAUCCGCCGAGCUAGGCGUUUCUUGCUCAGCCAACAGCGUAAACGAUGGAUCCAUGGAUCAGCAGCCAGCCUUCCCUGAGCCUCGACCUGCACGUCGGCCUGCCGCCCAUGGGCCACCACCACCACCGUUACCAGGCGGCGCCCCCCAUGGUCGCGCUGGCCAAGCCCAAGCUUCUCGUCGAGGAGAGCUUCCUGCCGCCCAAGAAGGACCCUGAGGUCGCGGUCCUCGAGUCGGAGCUGCAGCGGGUGAGCGAGGAGAACCGGCGGCUGGGCGAGAUGCUCCGGGAGGUGGCCGCCAAGUACGAGGCCCUGCACGCCCAGUUCGCCGACCUGGCCACCGCCCAGGCCAACGCCAACACCAACGGCGGCAGCAACAACACCAACCACCCGUCCUCCGCGUCGGAGGGCGGCUCCGUGUCCCCGUCCAGGAAGCGCAAGAGCGAGGACAGCCUCGUCGGCGGCACGCCCUCGCCGCCGUCGCACGCGCACGCGCACCAGCACCACCACCACGGCUUCGGGGCCGCGGACCAGGCGGAGUGCACCUCCGGCGAGCCGUGCAAGCGCGUCCGGGAGGAGUGCAAGCCGGUGGUGUCCAAGAGCUACGUGCACGCCGACCCGGCCGACCUCAGCCUCGCCGUAAAGGACGGCUACCAGUGGCGCAAGUACGGGCAGAAGGUCACCAAGGACAACCCCUGCCCCCGCGCCUACUUCCGCUGCUCCUUCGCGCCGGGCUGCCCCGUCAAGAAGAAGGUGCAGCGGAGCGCCGAGGACAAGGCCAUCCUCGUCGCCACCUACGAGGGCGAGCACAACCACACCGCGCCGCCGCCCACGCAGCCGCAGAACCAGCACGAUGCGGCCAAGAACGCCGCCGCGAAGCCACCCCAGGCGCCGGCGCCGCUGCACCACCCGCAGCCGAAACAGGAAGAGGCGCUCAGCGUCGAGUCGGAGCUGAUGCGGCGGAACCUGGCGGAGCAGAUGGCCAUGACGCUCACCAGGGACCCCAGCUUCAAGGCGGCGCUCGUCUCCGCGCUCUCCGGCCGGAUCCUCGACCUCUCGCCGGCCAGGGACGUCAACUAAUCCGCCACGCUAUUCAGUCCUUCCGCGUCGCACAUUUCGGAAGACAUUUCUUUGGGCAUUGCUAGCUGCCUGCCUCCUCGUCUGCCCCUCCCUGAGUUCUUGCAGAAAAAGAGCAAGAAUUGCAGGAUUCUUGACCCUGACCGAUGAGGAAGAUGCGAUCGACUGCAGCAAAGCUGGGCACCGGGUUCCGCUGCACAUCGGCGCGGCAUGCAAGGGGAGGGUGAUGAUGAAACCGUUGCCGUACAGGCAGAAACAUGAGAAUCUGUACAAUUUUUAUUUUUUAUUAGGGAAAUGUUUGGUUCUUAGCAUGAACUCGGUUCAAUGGAAAAAAACAUCAAAUGCCGCUA